ACCAGUGUACGUAAUCUUUAUCAUCUUGCAUUGUGAAUGUAGGGAAAACUUCGAAUAUUAUGAAAAGAGAAAUAAGCGGUUUGCAAGAUACAUCACAGUACACUUUGGGCAAAUCGUUUCGUACUCAAUUAGCUCAGGUUGUGAACAUUUGAUUCUAGUCUUUCGUAGAGAUCGGACCGUAACUCAUUGGAAAUUUUUUUUCGAGAUUUUUUCUUCUGGAAUCGACCAAAUAGAGAAGAGGAAAAAAUGUCCUUCGGAGCAUUGAGACAAAUUCUGCGGCCAUCGUCGUUUAAAUCGCUUCAGUAUCAGGCCUCUCGAUACAUACAGCAUAAAGGAAAAAUUACGGAACAAUGUUCGAAUCCGGCUUCUCGUGGCCUCGUCCUAGGUGUGUAUGCGGAUGAAAAUGAUCGUCUGGACAUAGGCGUACUCACGCCUACGGCGGCCAAAUAUAAUGAGUCAUACACCAGUGGACGACUGCUAGAGCUUUUGCGGUUGGCCGGACCUAUGCCUAAACGGGGAGAGGUCCGAAUUCUGUACAAUCUAGAGCCUACAUAUUCCGCCGUGGCCGUUUGCGGUCUUGGCAGUGAAUGUCUUGGUUACGAUGAUGUAGAGAAAAUGGAUAUAUCAAAGGAGGCUAUCCGCAUAGCAGCCGCUCGUGGUUGCCAGGAACUACAGCAGUUGGAAACCAGCCGUAUCUAUGUGGAAGAUUUUGGUCACGCUGAGUCAGCUGCAGAAGGAGCCCAUAUGGGACUGUGGGUUAAUCAGGAACUGCGCAGUCCAGACCAACGAACAUUUAUUCCACAGCUCCAGCUGUACUACGAACCCGAACUACCCUGCGAUUCCAAUGGAUGGCGCAUUGGAUUGGCGAAGGCCGAAGCUCAAAAUCUUGCCCGACAGCUGCAGGAAACGCCAUCGAAUUUGAUGACCCCGACUACAUUUGCACAGAAUGUCGUCCAGAUACUGUGUAAUUCUGGCGUAAAUGUGGAAGUGAAGGUUCGCGGAUGGGCGGAGAACGAGGAGAUGACUUCCUUCCUGACGGUGGCAAAGGGUUCGUGUGAGCCUCCGAUAUUUCUCGAACUAAGCUACUAUGGAACCGACACGAAGGAACGUCCGGUAAUACUGAUCGGCCAGGGCAACACUUUCGACAGCGGUGGCAUCUGUCUAAAGCCGCUGGAAGCGCUGACGGACAUGCGAGCGGAUAUGACAGGUGCGGCCUGUGUCGUAGCCGCCUGUCGGGCGGUUGCCGCACUGAAACUGCCCGUCAACAUACGGGCACUGAUUCCACUCUGCGAAAACAUGAUCGGAUGUAAUGCAAUGAAACCGGGCGAUGUCAUAACGGUCAAAAACGGCAAAAGCAUUGAGAUUGUGAAGACGAGCAAUGAGGCACCGUUGGCACUGGUAGAUGCGUUGCUGUACGCUGAACACUUUGGCCCCAAGUACAUCGUGGACGUAUCAACUAUCUCUAAGGCGACUAUCGAGGCGUUCGGAAAGGUGUGCGCCGCUGUAUUUACAAACUCAGAAGAUCUGUGGCAGCGAAUACAGAAUGCUAGCAUUCACACUGGGGAUCGUGUAUGGCGUCUGCCGCUGUGGGAUUACUACACUCAGCAAAUCUGCUCCGCAGAGCACGUCGAUGUGCAGAAUAUGGGAUUGGGCGAAGGGGCGAAUAGUUGCAAGGCGGCCGCAUUUUUGCGUGAAUUCUUGCCGUGCGGCAAAUGGAUGCAUAUUGAUGCGCUAAACGUGAUGAAAACAAAAGGAACCGACUUCCCGUACAUUCGGCGCGGCAUGGCCGGACGACCUACGCGCACGUUGAUCGAAUUCAUAGCCCAGAGUGUUGUUCAAUGUUCGGACUGUGGUAGCUCAUCCAAGUCGGAAGUACAGCAAAUGCGAUAAGAUUUGAGUGAUGUUAAAAAUACGUUAAGUUGCAAAUAAAUUCAAAUUUAGUUAGUUUAA